UCAUUGUUUUCAAAUCCUCCUCUCUACCAAACUUUUCGAUGGUGCUCAAUCACGCUCAGUUGCAAUCUCCUACUCUUGUCAAAAACCAGAGCUUUCGCAAUGUUGCAACAUAUUCUCGGUACCUUCGUCGCUUUCGUGAUCGUCCUCUCUAUCCUUCCUUCUCUAUUCAUCCAUGAACCUUUUCAAAAUACGAUAUGGACAUCCCUGCCUAUCUUCAAGGACUCGGGUGGGGAUCUGUGGUUGAAAAUAUGAGAUUCAGCCUGUGUUCCGAGGCUGUUCGAUUGUUUUAUGUCAAUCUUCGUCAUGGUCCUGGGAGUGAUCGUUCCUUCUUUACCACACUGGUGGUUGACUAUGAGAUCAAGGUCAGUCCUGAUUUGCUGGUGUCCGUAUUGGAUCUUCCUCACUCUGGUCAUCAAGCGGGUACAAAUAGGGACUUCUAUAACUUAGGAUUUUGCUUCGACGAGGUUCUCGAAUCUCUGGCUUAUGAUAUUGGGCGUUGGUUUCCAUCCCAAAUCUCAGCUGGGCGGCUGCCGGAUAAUCUUAAGCACAUGAUAAAGUCUGGUAUCGAAUACUAUGGUGGUCCGCUGACCUUUGGUCCUCAAAUCACUCAACUCCUGUAUCGCUUAGAGGGAGUGAGCAACCCCGAAUUAGCCACUUCUCUUGUCAACGCAGCUGUUGCAGCAUUUAAGCAGGAAGCUAGCUCUAGGAGUGGAUCGAAAAGGAAGAUGAUGCUGGAGAAAGAUUUGAUGCUACCAAAAUAUGUUUAUGAGUCUAAUCAGAUCAGUGAUCUAAUUAGCCCUGACUCAGAUUUUGGUGACGAGGACAAUAUCUCAAGCUAUGCAUCGCCACAUAGCUAUCCCUUCUAACUAACUUAGAGUCGUAGCUUAGGGGGGAGGGGUGGGCUAAGUAGUCUAAUGGUUGAGGGUGGUAGCUGUGUCUUAGGGGUUGUGGGGGUGUCCUCUUGUCUUUGGUUGUUUAAAUCUUAAGUGUGUAGAAUAGGUAUCCUUUUCACGUAUUGUUCAAAGCAGAAAUAGAGAGUAUUGUCUGAG